GACGGUUUUUCUUCGGCAUUUGGUUACAAUCUUUUUUCCUUUUUUGGUUCUUACAGAGAAUGGGAAAUUCAAAAAAUUCCAAGUAUUUCGAUAAAAACAGUACAAUUUGAAACGCACAUCGUCUCUUCCCACAGAUCCAAGGGUAAAUUAGUAAUUUCAUUACACAGGGGGCAUUUGCGUCAUAAAAAAUUCAUCUGCUUCACGCACGCUUCUGUGUCAUCAUCAUCAAUGGAAGGCUUUACAUAAAUCUGAAUCGGAACUAGGAGCGGUUCAAAAGGAAGAGGAAAUGGCGAGAAGAGCGGAAGAGGAGUACGAUUACUUGUUUAAAAUUGUAUUAAUCGGCGAUUCAGGAGUUGGCAAAUCCAACUUGCUUUCUCGAUUCACCAGAAAUGAGUUCCUUUUAGAGUCCAAAUCCACUAUCGGCGUUGAAUUCGCUACUCGUACUCUUCAGGUUGAGGGAAGGACCGUCAAGGCUCAGAUCUGGGACACAGCUGGACAGGAAAGAUACAGAGCCAUUACAAGUGCUUACUAUAGGGGUGCUCUUGGGGCUCUUCUGGUAUAUGAUGUGACAAAACCAACUACCUUCGAGAAUGUUAGUCGGUGGUUGAAGGAACUGAGGGAUCAUGCAGAUUCGAACAUUGUGAUUAUGCUCAUUGGAAACAAGACGGAUCUGAAGCAUCUUCGAGCUGUUGAUACAGAGGAUGCUCAAAGCUUUGCUGAAAAAGAAGGCCUUUCUUUCAUUGAAACAUCUGCAUUGGAGGCAACAAAUGUAGAGAAGGCUUUCCAGACGAUUCUUUCAGAAAUCUAUCGGAUAAUCAGUAAGAAGCCACUUUCUUCCGAGGAGCCAGCAACUGCUAACAUCAAAGAAGGGAAGACUCUUGUUGUUGGGGCAGAGGAGCCUGCCCCCAAGAAGGCAUGUUGCUCUUCAUCUUGAUGGUCAUUAGAUUUUUAAGCCCCUAUAUUAUUGUUCCUUUUGUUAGUUUUAAUUAGUAGUCAUUUUUUGCCUUCUAUAUUCUCGGUAAGAUAUUAUACCCUUUUUUAUCAUUAGGAAGGAAAUGUGCAAUACAUGUUAAAAUCCUGUUAUAAUAUGGCUCUGUAAGAAUUAAAUCAAUUAUUUCAAUGCUUCAGCGUUAUUUCAAAUUA